GGCUCUUGAUGUUAUCAGACUGGGUUGACUCUGCUGUUUUGUUCAGUUUCUGCGUUCUCUUUUGAUUUAGGAGGCGAAUUUCAAAAUUCAUUACUCGUUGAACGAACUAUUGGCCCUGGGUGAACUGAGAUUAGAUUUAUUUCUGUAUUUACAGGCGAUGAUUUGGUUAUGAAGUAUGGAAAAAUGGUGAAAGGAAACUUUAGGGUUUUUUUACAACCUAUGCUGGUGUAGUUUCUUCUGUUUUCGUAAGGCAAUGAUUACUGAAGAUGAGUGAUUGAUUUUGGAAACUAGGUUGUGAAAAAUCUGGGGUAUCAUUUUUUUAACAGAGAAGAAUGGAGAGAAUGAUUCAACCUCCUCUGGUUGACACAACAGCUUGCUUAUGUAGAGUAGAUGCUGGGCUCAAAACAGUUGCUGGAGCUAAAAAAUAUGUACCUGGGACAAAGCUUUGUCUUCAACCUGAUAUUAAACCUUCAAUUCAUCCAACCAGGAACAAGCCAUCGCGCAGUGACAGGAGCCGUAAUCAAUCUCCCCUACUUCCAGGACUCCCUGAUGAUCUUGCUAUUGCUUGCUUGAUCCGAGUGCCCAGGGUUGAGCACCGAAAACUUCGUCUAGUCUGCAAAAGAUGGUACCGACUUUUGUCUGGUAACUUCUUUUACUCACUCCGGAAGAGCCUCGGGAUUGCAGAAGAAUGGAUAUAUGUUAUUAAGAGAGAUCGUGAUGGGAAGAUCUCAUGGCAUGCUUUCGACCCAAUAUACCAGCUUUGGCAACCUCUCCCGCCUGUUCCCAAGGAAUAUUCCGAAGCCCUUGGGUUUGGUUGUGCUGUUCUUAGUGGAUGUCACCUUUACUUGUUUGGUGGCAAAGACCCACUUAAGGGAUCAAUGAGACGAGUCAUUUUUUACAGUGCCAGGACUAAUAAAUGGCAUCGCGCUCCAGAUAUGCUUCGAAGACGACAUUUCUUUGGUUCUUGUGUUAUAAACAACCGACUAUAUGUAGCUGGCGGGGAGAAUGAGGGGGUUCAUCGGUCCUUGAGAUCCGCUGAGGUAUAUGAUCCCAACAAGAAUAGAUGGUCAUUUAUCUCAGAUAUGAGCACAGCAAUGGUACCCUUCAUUGGGGUUGUAUAUGACGGAAAGUGGUUCUUGAAGGGACUUGGAUCUCACAGGCAGGUCUUAAGCGAGGUCUAUCAACCAGAAACUGAUGGUUGGUAUCCAGUAUAUGACGGUAUGGUUGCAGGCUGGAGAAACCCAAGUGCUUCCCUAAAUGGUCACCUCUAUGCUUUAGACUGCAAGGAUGGCUGCAAGCUUAGGGUUUAUGAUGAAGUGAGUGAUUCCUGGAGCAAGCAUAUUGAGAGCAAGAUGCAUUUGGGGAAUUCCCGUGCAUUGGAAGCUGCAGCUCUUGUUCCACUGAAUGGAAAACUCUGCAUUAUCCGGAAUAACAUGAGCAUAUCCCUUGUUGAUGUGUUGAAAUCCGAUGGUAUCAGAGGAGCAAACUCAGAGCAUCUGUGGGUAACAAUAGCUGGAAAGGGACAAUUCAAGACUAUGGUUACAAAUCUUUGGUCGAGUCUGGCUGGGAGGAACCGUCUGAAGAGUCAUAUAGUUCACUGUCAGGUUCUUCAAGCAUAGAAACUGUAAAAAAUUACACUGAAUCUCAGGUGCACUUCCCUCGCACACCUUAAUGCUUUUUUCGCAUCUUUAGAUUCGAAAGAUGAACAAUAGCCUGCCAGGAUCAUAGCUAAUAGUGCACAUAGUCUGUUGGUUUAGGUUCCAAUUGAAAUCUGAGGAUCAUGUGUACCAUGAAAGGUGCUGGGUCAAUGAGGAUUGUUUGUUUUGUUAGAUUGUUAGUAUUAUUAAUAUUUUACUACAUGAUACACAGUUGUUUACAUGUUGAAAAUUGCAGAA